AAUUUAUAGCCUUAAAAAAUUUGAUCAUGCAGAAUCUGAAAGAUGUCAAUGUCCAACCAAUUUCCGAGAUUUAAAUCCAGCUUAUCCUGGGCGUCUUUGUUUGAGCACAAUUGGAGUGAAUGAAUGCGAAAAUAAUGAAUGGAAUGAGUGUGAUGAAAACGCUCGUUGUAUCGACGAAGAACAUUUGUAUAGGUGUGAAUGUAUUAAACCUUAUGUGAACGCAGCUAAGAAAGAUGAACUUCGCGGCUCCGUUUGUCGACUGGAUUAUUGUUCUGAUGUUCAUUAUUGCCCUGCAAAUUCCACUUGUAUUAAUGCAGAUUCACAGGCAAUUUGUACUUGUUUACCUGACUACAUUGAUAUACGACGCAAAAUUCGUCCUUCAUCUUCUGGUUUAGAUAUUAUUUGCAAACGAAUUGAAGAUGUUAAUGAAUGUCUUUUGGGUCUGCAUAAUUGCAGCGCUGUGGCAAUUUGCACCGAUCUUGAAAAAGGAUACGAAUGUGAAUGUCCUCAGGGCUAUACGGAUGGCAAUCCAUCAGAACCAGGACGAAUAUGUGCUGCUUUGUUAUGUGGCCUUUGUCAUGGACAUGGCGAUUGCGUUCACGAUAUUAAUACGAAGAAUAUUACUUGUGCUUGUAUAGAAGGAUAUACUGGCAAAUUCUGUGAAAUAGCUCCUUCUAAAGCAUCAUUAAUCUUGCCGUUGAUCCUUGCUCUUAUUUUUCUUCUUCUGACGCUAUGUUGUUGCCUAUAUUUUUGCUUAAAAACAAAGUAUUUCCGAGGUCGUGGAGUAAGUGCAGGUAGUAUGAGAGAAGAAAUACUUGGAUCGGACUAUUAUACAAUUCCUCGAGCCAAACUUAGAAAGCGCGAUGUAGGCGAAGACUCCUUAACCGUUCGACCAAUGAAUGGUGCUGCAUUGCAGAGUUAUUUAAAUGACGGUGGUUCAAUAUCAACUGUUUCAUCUGAUGAACAUGUAGAACGACGGGUCAUUACUGAUGUGACCCGUUCUGAGGUUCGAACAACAACUGUUACUGAUGCUGAAGGAAAUGUAACUCGAACUGUUUAUGGUAUUACUUCUUCGAGUGACGAAAAUGGACUUCGUUCAGCUCAAAGAGUUGAACGUGACGCCGAUUUGCUUAAUGAGGAAUCUGAUGCUGGCCAUGGUGUAUACGAUCGCAUGACGAAGACACAUCAUAAUUACAUCCCUGGUGAAGGAGGCCAAGUUGGAACUGAACGUUUUCGAAACGAAUUUCAAACGACGACUUUAGCAGAGGAAACAAAUUAUUUCUAA